GGGGUACCAGCUUUUGUCAGCAGCAGAAACAUGCACUACACCGUGGCACUUCUGUUUUCUCUUCUGCAGCUCAUCAGCUUGGGUACAGCUGCUCCUCUGUCGGUCGAGGUGGUGAAGAUGAAGACAAAAGUAAAAUGGAUGGCUGAGCAGCUGGUGGUUCGGCUGAACAAAGACUUCCAGGUAUGAUAUAAAUGUUUAUAAUGAUCCAGUCUUUGAAAUGUUCACUUAUUGAUGCCAUUUGAACCAAUCAUACUUUUUUUUUUUGCAGGCUCCUUCCAGCCUGACCAUCAAUCAGACUGCUGACGACCUGAAUGGAUCCGCCUCCAUUGUGACCAUCCUAGAAGGCUGUAACAGUCUGAUCUCCGACACGCUUGAUGGGGUCAUCCAGGUCAAGUUUGAAAUCUCUUCGCUGUCGGGUUACCUCAAUCACUGGAGGCAAGGACACUGCAGCGAACAGCAGCAAAAGCCUCCACUACCAGCACCGCUGCAAGAGCUGCAGAGCCGUAAGGAGUUUAUUCACACAGUGAGCAUGGAGGCUCUCAUGAGAUUGAAGGAGUUCCUCAAACUACUGCUGAAGAAUCUGGACCAUCUGGAGACAUGCUGAGAGACCGGCAGGGCAGGCAAUACUUGUAAGUUGUUGACUUGUUUAUUGGGCAAUAUAUGCCAGGUUUGCAUCAGUGAUGUCUGACUUUGCAUCCUCCCGGGCCAUGCUGGAC